GCCUGCGCAACUGGGGAAGAAGCAACCACUGUCCACUGACCUCCAUCCAUCCCACCCAAACAUCGUCACUAUCAGUACAAACAACAAUCUUUCGCGUCCUCCAAACACCAGAAGAAACCGACGAUACUUGCCGGCACAAACCCCGAUACUCCCCGCCGCAAUCAACUCUUGUUUCCUAGCCUCCCCAAUAGAGGUAUCCAACCAUGUUCAGGAACAACUACGACAACGACUCGGUCACAUUCUCCCCGCAAGGGCGAAUUUUCCAGGUCGAAUAUGCGGCGGAAGCAGUAAAGCAGGGUUCGGUGGUGGUGGGAAUUGCUAGCAAGACACACGCCGUCCUGGUAGCGAUCAAGCGUAACGCCGAAGAACUCUCCUCGUACCAAAAGAAGCUCUUUCCCAUCGAUGAACAUGUCGGCAUCGCCAUCGCCGGUCUCACCUCGGACGCGCGCGUCCUCUCCAACUUCAUGAAGCAGCAGUCCCUCGGCCACCGCCUCACGUACGGCCGCAGCAUGCCCGUCCGGACCCUCGUCGACAUGAUCGGAUCCAAGGCGCAGAUCAACACGCAACACUACGGCAAGCGGCCCUACGGUGUCGGUCUCCUGGUCGCCGGCGUUGACGACCACGGCCCGCACCUGUUCGAGUUCCAGCCCAGCGGCAUGACCGAGGAGAUGGUGGCCUUUGCUAUUGGCGCCCGCAGCCAGAUGGCGCGCACAUACCUGGAGAAGAACCUGGAGGCUUUUGCCGACUGCGGCCGCGAGGAGCUGAUCCGUCAUGGUCUCAAGGCGCUCAAGGAGAGCUUGGUGCAGGACCGCGAGUUGACGAUCGACAAUACCAGCGUCGCCAUUGUGGGAGUCGAGAAGCAGGAGGACGGCAAGACCAAGCCGCAGCCAUUCAAGGUGUACGAUGGACAAGACGUCAGCGCGUGGAUAGAGAGUGUGGCGGAUAACCAAGAGGCUGCCCCGGCAGCUGCCGAGGGCGAGGGUAUGGAUGUCGAUAGUUAAAGGAUGAACUUGCGGUUGACUUUGAAGCAGAGGGGCAGAUUAGCACAGGGAGCGCAUACACCCGGAAUGAAGUAAUGAGAUCAAACAGAUCACUUUGAUGUUAAUGC